UGAGCGUGCACUAAGAAAAUAAAAAAAAAUGAAAAUAAGAUAACUUGUCUGCUCGAGGCUAUUCUCCCAAAACUCAGGAGUUAUCCUAGUUCAGCUCUGAACGUAAGUUCUCGUUGCACUCGACGUGAAUGAGACCUACGUUCAGAGCUGAACUAGAGUGAUCCCGACGAAACAUUACAAAAUGGCGACGUAAACAACAGAUUUAGCUGUCAGUUGAAAUGAAUAUUGACAGAAAAAAAGGACACUUUUGGUCAAGUAAUAUAUUUGAUUUAUCAUAAGUCGUGCGGUCGACAGUCGCAACAGCAUGCAACCAACCCAAGGUACAACGUUUGUUCAAAACAAAAACUAUAUCAUAGUAUUCGUUUGGUUAAUCUUUAUGACAUGUGUGACGUUUUUAUCCAGCCCGGUUGAAGAAUGGGAUAUCUCGUCCAUGAGAAUGUCACAGGAAGGAAGUUUUUCUUUUGAUCCAUUUUUAGGCCUUUUACCAGUAGUGAACAUAUCGCAGUGGAUAGAUCCAAAUCGACUGGUCGAUAUCUUUGAUCUAGGGGAUGCUAAAUCAACAGCGCCAUCUUACACAGUCGACGUUAAUAAACCUCGUAAAACUUACACUGCAGGAAAACAUCAUGUUACUAUGACCAUUGUCACAGCCUACUUCGAUCUGGGACGAUUCAAGAAGGGGAAAUCACUCUACUUCUCUACAGACACAUAUUUUGAUUGGGCCUCGUCAUUCAAAUUUCUAAUGCAUCCAUUGGUUGUUUAUUCCGACUGUAAACGAUUUAUAUCAAGAAUGAAAAAGUUCCGGAAAAAUCAGAAAAAUAUCACUCGGAUUGUUUUCACAGAUCGCAACAGGUUCUGGAGUUACCAAAUAUUGAAAGAGAUUGGUCGGAUCUUCAGAAAACCCAGAUAUCCGAAAUUUCAUCCAAACACAAUUGUUCCUGGAUAUUCAUCCGCCCAGCACUCAAAAUUCGCGGUUGUGGCGGACGCAGUUAGACAGGACUACUUUCAGACGAAACACUACGCAUGGUUGGAUGUAGGUUACUUUCGGGACAUCGUAAACACGCAUAAGAAAUUUAUUCUAAAGAUCCCUCGAAAUUUCAACCCAAGAAAGGUUGCGAUGAAUCAAGUCUUUCCGAAACCGAACCCCGAACCCACUAUGGACAGGGUGUUUCGCAGAAAUAUGGUUUGGAUUGGCGGAGGGUUUUUCUUCGGAAGAAGAGAGGUGGUAUUGAAAUUUGAAGAACAAUAUCGUCGAACAGUGAUGUAUUUCAUCAGUCGAGGUUUAAUGAACACAGAUCAACAAAUUUUGUUUGCAUUAUUCAGUCGCCGGGGCCGUCGGAAGUUGAAACCGAAAGUAGACGUCCAGCUGUAUAAACCACGUGGUAAUGGAAGCGUGUGGUUUUAUCUGGGUUAUUUAUGUUACACUGUUAUAUAGAUUCAUAUUUCAUAGUUAUUAAAAUGUAA